AUGAAGCAGGAACACGAUGAGCCAACAGUUUACAGAGAUGAACCACAUACCUCAUUUGAUAAAGUGGAAGUAAAGAAGUGGAUUGAUCCUGAAGCAUCACUUAAUGAAAAAAGGCGCAUCAGAUGGUAUAUCUUCAAAGUGUUGUCAAAAGUCAAGGAAACCGAACCUAAGAAAGAUUCCAAACCACGAAACCUUGUUUCCCAUCCUACUUACAAAGAGACGAUUAAGGAUGCAAUAGUGUCGUUGAAGGAGAAGAACGGUUCGAGCCAAUACGCGAUUGUGAAAUUCAUUAAAGAGAAACAGAAACAGCUUCCUGGAAACUUCAAGAAGCUAUUGCUCCAAAAUUUGAAGAAGAAUGUUGCUUUUGGAAAGCCUGCUGAGGUUAAAGGCUCGUUCAAGCUUUCUGCAGCAGCUAAGAAGCCAGCAGUUGCCAAGCCAAGUCAAAACGUGAAACGACUUGCAGCAAAUACCCUGGACAAAGAUCAAUACCAGCAGGCCUAUGUUGAGCCUCAACCUCAUCCACAACCUCCAGGUUACAAGAAUUUUCACUACAGUAAAAAUACAGGUAAUUAG